GUGGUCUUGGCUUGUAGACUCGAGCUUUUUGAGGAGCCAGGAUGGAGAGGGACGCUUGGAUAUUGGCUCGUCGGAACUGACUCUCACCAAUUGUGAACCUUCGACGACAACUCACUGUGACUCCACUCGCCGUUCCAACACACACAACAAGCGCAAACAUGCCAGCUCAAACGCGUUCCAAACGCAGCGCGUCAUCAAAGGACGAGCCCUCCGAGCCGCCUGCAAAGGCUGCCAAGACAGCAAAGCAGCCAGCAACGAAGAAGCAAGGAGGCAAGGUGGAGACUAAGCAGGCCAGCGACGGCACAGCUUCCACGACUGCCUCGUUGAUGAAGCGUUUGCUGAGCGAAGAGGUCUAUGCCCUUGCUUAUCCGAGAAUAGAAAAGGGGCACGGCGAGAAAGACUGGUCUGAAGAGGAACGCGUCAAACCGCUUCCAAAGGAGAAGGCGGGUCAAAUGGAAGCCGAGCAGCGCACAGACGCUGAUGGUGGUCAGGAUCGGUCGACGGGAAAAGCGCGCGGCUACACUUCGCCAGGCUUGACGCCCUUUGCCGAGCUCAUUUGCGCGAUUCUGCUAUCCAAGCCGCUAUCGCAUCGCCUUGGUCUGCGGACCAUCGCCACUCUCUUCAGCCCGCCGUUCGGUCUCUACACACCAGAAGCCCUGGAAAAAGCAGGCAAAGAGGGGAGGCGAGAGCCAAUGUACGAAGCGCGUACCCAGCACAAGGACAAGACUGCUGACCAGCUAGGUGAUGUCGUGCAAGGUCUCAGAGAAAUCUGCGGUGACAAUGAACAGGAUGUCAUCCAGCUCAAAGCAGUUCGCGAGGCUGUUCAGGGCCAGAAGCGAAAUGAAGCCGUGGAGACGGCUCGCAGCAAGCUCACUUCCGGCGUCAAAGGCUUGGGUCCCACGGGUGUAGACAUCUUUUUACGGCGGAUCCAAGCUCACGAAGGUUGGCAUGCAGUCUAUCCUUUCAUGGACAGUCGAACAGCUUCCAUCGCCGUUCGACUGGAGCUUAUCGACGAAAAAGCCGCUGGAGACUCUUUACGAGCUGCCUCGGAUCUCGACGAGAUGCUGAACAAACAUGUCAAGUCUGCCAGCGAUGAGAAGAGGCGACAAGCAUUUACUCGCUUGCUGGAUGUUCUCGUGGGACUUGAUCUCGAGAAGAAGUUGGAUGCGGUCAAGAAUGAUUCAUAGUCGCGAGGCGUAGCGUCGCGGUGGUUUGCCGCUUACAAUCGUGUGAUUGCGCAUUAUUAGGCUGCCUGCGCGUGAUCGUGUACAAUCCCACUCCCAAGCAAGCACAUUGUCUCGUACGUGUGAUCCGCGCUGGCUGCGUGCUGAUGGCGUCAGACUCACCAUUUUUGAGGCUGCAGGCAGCCUUCACAUUAGCCCUCCCGUCGCUGCUCCUGUCACUUGUAAUAAACCGAG